AUGCCGGACGGUGCGGCCACCGUGCCCGCCGACAACACCACCAACGACGGCAAUGACUUGACGGCGCCGUCCAUGUCCGCCUCGUCGUCGAGAGCAUCAAAUGUCGACGACAUGUGGUCGGCUGAUCCGUCCCGCCGCGGCUCUGAUGCGUCCAGCACGACAUCCAUGAGCACCUCCGACCUUCCAUCUCUCUUGUCGUCCGAAAAGCUCAAGGCAUCCCUGGCUGCUGGCGGUGUACCUAUGGCCGUUUCGGCCUCGGAGAGCAGCUGUAACCGGAACCAGAACACCCCGGCACCGGCACCGACCCGGAGACUGAAGUUCAACGGCGACCCGCUCGAGCGCAGCUUCCCCAAGCCCGAGGGAGACAUUGACGUCGGCGCCGCCCUGGCCCGUGAACCGCUGAAGUGGUCUCUGGGCCACUGGAAAAAGAACGCCCGGGAUGUAGCCCAGACGACGACGUCUGCGGCUGUGUCCAAGAAGCGCUUCGACGACAUCAAGGAUGAGCUUCGCCGUGCCCAGCUGGACAUGGCCAAGACGACUCGCUGA